AUGAGAGGCUACUUCAAAAUGUCUUGGUGCAGAAAACAAAACAUGCAGCAGGAAGACAAGAAAACAUUGUGCAUUUUGCUUGGCGUUUGCGGUAGCGUUGCUGCAAUAAAGUUACCACACCUUAUUAAUGAAAUAAACAAUAUUUUCCCAGGUUGCCUUUUGAAGAUCGUAGCAACUGAAAAUUCUCAAAGAUUUUUCAAUAAAGAUGAUGUUACUGUAGAUAUUUUAACUGACCAGCAUGAAUGGAACACUUGGAAGAAAAUUGGUGACUGUGUACUUCACAUAGAGCUGUGUAAAUGGGCAGAUGUAAUGGUAAUUUCACCCUUAGAUGCAAACACCUUAGCAAAAAUAGCGAAUGGCCUAUGUGAUAAUUUGUUAAGCUGUGUUGUUAGGGCAUGGCGAAGAGAGAAACCAUUGUUAUUUGCACCGGCCAUGAACACUUACAUGUACGAGCAUCCACUAACAAUGCAACACAUUAAGUUGCUGGAAAGUUUUGGGUAUCAUUUCAUUCCCCCAGUGGAGAAAAAAUUAGCCUGUGGUGAUUUUGGAGUAGGAGCAAUGGCAUCUGUAGAAGAGAUUGUUGCAUGUGUGAAGGCCAAGAUCGAUAGAAUUAGAACUUGAUGAAUAAUUAAAAUAGAUGAUUUAGUUUUCUAUCAAAUAUAUAUUGCUA